GGCCUGCCGAUAACGGAGUCGAGAAACGGCAACGUUUACACGGCGACGUUUCAUCUCCUGUGCUCCGGCGUUAGCUUCCAAGCUCUUCUUCUUCCCGCUGCAUUCGCAGCCCUUGGAUGGGCAUGGGGGAUAAUAAGCUUGUCAGUAGGGUUUAUAUGGCAGAUGUACACGGCAUGGUUACUGGUUCAUCUCCAUGAAUCUGUUCCUGGAACUCGUUUCAGCAGAUUUCUUCGUCUCGCCAUUACAGCGUUCGGCGAGAAGAUCGGAAAACUGGUCGGAAUAUUCCCGGUGAUGUACCUCUCCGGCGGAGCAUGCGUGAUUCUGAUCAUCACCGGAGGCAAAUCAAUGCAGCAACUCUACGGCAUCCUCUCCGGAGAUGAUGAUGAUUCAGAGCCACUUACUUCAGUUCACUGGUUCCUGAUCUUCGCUUGCAUCGCCGUCUCUUUCGCCCAGUUUCCGAAUCUGAACUCACUGUUCGGACUCUCCUUGAUCGGAGGUGUGAUGGCUAUGGGGUUCUGUACCAUGAUCUGGGUUUUGCCCGUAGAUGCUCGAGGACGGUCCAGAAAUGGCGUUUCGUAUGAUACGACGGACACGAGUUUCAGUUCUGUCUUCAACGCGGUUGGAUUCAUUGCUCUUGCCUUUCGUGGGCACAAUCUCAUUCUCGAGAUUCAGGGCACUCUCCCUUCGAACUCAAAGAAGCCUUCGAGCAAGACGAUGUGGAGAGCUGUAAUGGUAUCUCAAGUGUUGAUCGCCAUGUGUAUGUUCCCGUUAUCGAUAGCAACGUACUGGGCGUACGGAAAUACGAUUCCGACAGCAGGAGGAACCAUAGGCAAGUACCUGAAAUUCUACGGACAAGACUACUCCAAACACGCGUCUUGUUUCAUACACAUCACGUUCAUCCUCUCCUGCCUAUGCUCGUACCCGAUAACCGCAAUGCCCGCCUGCGAUAACCUAGAGUUCGUAUACACGACGAGAAGGCGAAAGCCCUGCACUCUCUUCGCGAGAACGAUGCUUAGAGUGUUGUUCGGAUCCGUAUAUCUCUUCGUGGCUGUGUCUUUACCGUUCUUGCCUAACCUAGCCGUUCUUAUAGGAGCGAUUCCGUUGUCGUUAACGUUUACAUACCCGUGUUUCAUGUGGAUCGCGAUCAAACGGCCGAGCAAGACGAGCAUGAUGUGGUAUCUCAACGUUUUGAUCGGAUUCUCAGGCGUCGUUUUGAGCAUUCUGCUCGUGGUCACGGCGGCUAUGCGCCUGGCCGACAAGGGUUUACGUGCAAACUUCUUCAAACCCUAGCCAUGGACUCAAACCUCGGAUUUCA